CCACGUAAACACCACAUCCAGCUCUCCAAUAUCCCAUCGACAGCAAUCCUUUAUUUUCGAACACCAGUCUCUUCCCGUUGCUCCAAUAUCGCAGACUGCAACAUGGCUACCGCCUCACCACUAUUCGAGCCCAAUAACGACGCCAACAAUACCACCGACGAAGAAUCCCAACUCGACGCAGAAAUCGCAUCCAUUCGCGCGCAAAUCAAACAUCUCUCUCAGCGCCGAAAUACACUCACAUCCACGCUGCUCGGGUCCCGCUCGACGCGCUCUCUUCUCCAGCGCACCAAGGACCAAUCUGCCUCUAGUCCCUCAAUUCCAGCUGAACCUGAAUCCACUGGAUCACAAACACCAUCCGACAAGAUACUUACCACCGCGCUCGAACGCGCCUCGAAACAGGCCAAACAUAGCCAAACAAGUCUCUACCGCAUGUGCGCCGGCGCAACCAUGUUUGAAGUGCGCGACCCGGAUCCCCACGCUGUCGACGACAGAAAAGUAUUUGGUGUCCGAUUAGAAGUUUGCGUACGAGAUAAAUUUCUUCCGCCAUACUAUCUCCUUCUCAACCGCCCAUACGCGCACGCGCCCACGGCGCUGCGUAUCCACAGACAUACCGUUCCGCCAUGUAUUCCCCUAUCUGCACUCGCUGGGAAAUACCUACCAGCUCCUCCUUCUCCCACCGCAUCCACUUCCACUUCUACUUCCACUUCUACUUCUAUACUUCCUACAUCAGACUCUACCCCACUCAAACCGUCUAAAUCCCGACCGCAAAACCUGCCCCGUCUGGUUCGCGACUUGCGCCGCGAAAUCAUCUCGUAUCAUCUUCGUCGCGCGGCGCUUGAGACGCUGCGAGACCGGUGCGGAGUAUCUACUGCUGCCGUUUCUUCAAACAAUUUAUUCGCCGAAUUCGCAUCUGGAUCUGGAUCAUCCGGACCAUCCAAGCCAUCCGCACCUUUGGACAUACUCAACAUCCACUCUCUCCACGACAGUCGAGACCCCGCCGCCACGCCGCACCACACCACGACACGCACACCCACAUCUGAAAACGCAAGCACAUCCGAAAACAAAAUCAAGGCAAUUUCCCCACGCGAUGCCGAAAUCACAGAUAUCCAAAUCCUCUGGACGAGCGGACGACUUGCGCGGAUCAAGAUGCAGCGGAACGGCAAAUUGGUGCAUUGUGUCGUAUACGGCUCCGGCUCCAGCUCCGGCCCUGCUGUGUCUCGCUCUCCUCUGUUUACCUCUCCUGCUCCUGCUCCCACGGGCCACGGCCACGGCCACAACGACGCGCUGCUCUCAACGAAUGAAAAGGGGGCGGCAGCAGGAGGAGGUGGAGGAGCAGAAGAAAGAACGGACCAAGAAGUUCGAAAUGUGACCAUGCAACUAUCGCAGGAACUGCAGCAGCACGCGAAUAGUACAAAGGGGAAAGGGAAGGGGAAGAGGGAGGAUAAAGUGGGAGGAGAAGCAGAAGAGAGGCAACGACAGCGGGAUGUCGAGAGAAAGAUAAUGAGCGCUGAACGAAUUGAGCGGCUAGGGGAUAUUCUCGUGGAUAUUGAACGAGGGACAUGACUGACCACUGAUGGGGAAUUAUUCUGUGUCUGAACAUGUAUUGGCAUUGACCUAGAACCCGGGCAAAGGACUUGGAAUGUUGGGUUUAACGAGACCCUGGACAAUGAAUUGAGAAUAUCAAGUCACUGAAAUACAUAGCACUUCACAAGAAUAAAAAAAAAUGACAGGAGCAUGAUAGCCAUAGAGUGUAAUAUUCCAUUCGUCCUGUCAUCCAACCCUAGACUAAAACCCUAGAGCAAUGUAAUUAUUGUGAGGG